AAUGAGCUAUAGCUAUAAACAUCUAUAGAGCAAGGAAAAAGAAAGCUUAUGAACAAAACGAGAUAGCAAAAGCGAUUUUCCAAGGCUCAGUAAUUGUGUGUACUUGUUGUUUCUUAUUAAAAACUCAUGAACGUGUAUUUAAGAAGUGAUUGAUUUAUCAUAUAAUCUACGAAUCAACUUUCAUAUAAAUCUCAUCUAUGCUCAAAUGUAAAAACGGAAUUUUGGAGCUCAAUGGGCAGUAUUGAUAACUGUUUUUUAAUACGUGACAAAUUAAGUCACACUCACAAUCAAAACUCAUAGAAUGUGAAAUCCUUAUGGGGUAUGAAAGCCUCAUAAUUUCAAUAAAAUUAUUGAUAAUCUCGUAAUCUUAAUUCUAUUUGGGAACAAUGUCACAAGUAAAUGUAGACAGUCUUGCAAGGCAAAAAAUUCUACUAUGCCUGAUCUUAUUGACUGCUUACGUUACUUACGCUAAUGCAGAUAUUCUUGUGUUUUCUGAUGCCUUUAGGCAUCAGAUUGAGGAAGAUUUUCGCGAUGCUCCUGCUCGAUUUGGUCCACUAAUUCCUUCUGCAGGCAUCAGGGGGAAAGUUGUUUAUGCUAAUCCACCUACAGCAUGUCGUGACAUUGUAGGACCUCCUGAAAAUCAAACAAAUGUCUACGGUAUAUGGAUUGUUUUAAUAGCUAGGUAUAAUUGUAGCUUCGAAGCUAAAAUUCGAACAGCUCAAAGAGCUGGGUAUGAUGCUGCUAUUGUUCAUAAUGUCGACAGUAAUGAAUUAGAACCAAUGUCAGCAAAAGAUCCAGUUGGAAUAGAUAUUCCUUCAGUAUUCGUCAGCCAAAUAACAGGCCUCAUUAUUAAGGAGAAUUAUCUAUACGACAGCAAUUUUUCAGUGUUGAUUAAUGACGAUAUUCCUUUUAAUCUUAACACUCAUUUACUUUUACCUUUUGCUAUCGUCGUUGGUAUCUGCUUCCUAGUCAUGGUGAUUUUUAUGGUUGUAAGGUGUAUUAAAGAUAGAAGACGAGAAAGAAGGCACAGGUUGCCUAAAUCCAGCUUAAAAAAAAUUCCUACUCAUAAGUACACUAAAGGUGAUCCCUAUGAAACCUGUGCUAUUUGUUUAGAUGAUUACGUGGAGAAUGAUAAGCUACGAGUACUACCAUGUGCACAUGCAUAUCACUCCAAAUGUAUUGAUCCUUGGCUUACCAGGAACAAACGUGUAUGUCCUGUGUGUAAACGUAAGGUUUUUGCUGCAAACGAAAGAAUUAUUUCUGACAGUGAGAGUGAUUCAGAUGCUGAUGACUCAACACCGCUCAUAAGAGAUGGCCACCUUGGUACGCAAGGUGGUACAUUUACACAACAAAGAGAAAAUCCUUUUUCUCGUGCGAGAAGAACGCAACAACGACGUAACUCAAAUUCCUCAAGUAGCAGUGACGAUUCCUUUCGAACUUUGAUAACGUCUAGAGACAGUAGCACACACUUGGGUGAAAUAUCUGGUACCACGACCUUUUUAGUAUCGGACAAUCACAGUAUCAAUGGCGAACCAUCUGAGUUUGAGCGGUCCACAAGCAGUAAUGAUGAAUACACCGUUGCUGUGUGUAGUGUAGAUGCUGAAGAACUACCAGCAUCUGUUGUGCACGUUUCACAGCCACAAUCAUCAUCGUCAUCAUCAGCAACUCAGCAUUAUACAAUCGACGAUUUAGAUAGCGAGCUGGCUAAGGUAUUGACGCAAAAUCCGUUAUGUUAAAGCAUACAGUAAUGAUUAAUUAAUAGAUCUUGAGGAUUUGUUUACAACAACAACAAUCGUAGAUGAUUUUUUUUAAUACACUUUUGUAAUAAAGAUAGAAAAUUAAAUGAUUUUAAUACUUCUUAGUUAAAAAAAAA